AUGGCACGGCUAAUCACACCCUUAAGAAAAUCCGUUCUUUCUCCUCUGUCUUCUUCUUCUUCUUCUUCCAAAUUCCUAGUUCAGCAAAUACCCACUUUUCAUUUUGCACAUGAAGAAGUCUCCCUCUUAAACCCCAAGCUCCUGCCACCACAAUGCCUUAGAACUUACAUCUCUGAAAUGCGCAAAUCGGCCUUCGAAGGCCACGUUCUCAGACUGUUACGCAAUGAGAUACAAUAUGAACUCGAUCGCUCUCCGCCUAAAAAGCCAGUCACAAAAUUCAAAUCAUUUACAGUUAACGACCGUCCUGGUGAGCAAUGGAUAAGCUUGAGGAGAAAAUUUGAAGACAACGAAGACAUAAAGAUUGAAGCCACCAUGUUUGAUGGAGCUGUUCCUGCCCCAAAAUCCAAAGGUGGUAGUGGCCUUGGCAAAGAAGUGCAGCUUCACAUUACCAUGAUUGUCAAUAUCUCCAAGAAGGAAGGUGGCAAUGUGUUAGAGAUUAUGUGCUCAGUUUGGCCAGAUACUAUAGAGAUCAACAAGCUAUUCGUCCGACAGCCUGAUAACAUGCCAGCUCAGGCUUAUGUGGGUCCUGAGUUCAAGGAACUUGAUGAUGAGUUGCAAGAUGCACUUUAUGAAUUCUCGGAAGCAAGGGGUAUAAACGAUGAUCUUGCUGUUUUCUUGCAUGAAUACAUGAAGAACAAAGAUAAAACUGAAUUCAUUAGAUGGAUGGGAACUGUGAAAUCAGUUAUUGAAAAGAAGUAG